AUGUGGAGAGCACACGGAAGUGGUGUACGCUCUGCCUCUUCCUCUCCGCCCCACGAUACCCUCCCGCCUCUUGACAUCGAUAUGAAUGCCCACCACCGAACGCGAGAACUGAACGUUCUAUUCGUCUCCGCGGGCUGUACCGACAGCCAAAUUGUCCACGAUCUUCUACCGCGGAUAGCAGACCUGCCCGAUGUCUCGGUGCGAGCGGUUCUUGACGCAGGCUUCCGUGGUCAGGAUUGGAUUCGCGCCUCGAGCUACUGUCUCACCGUGCCAAAUGCCACACGCCAGGCGCCCGCUCGCGACGCUGCCGAUAUCGAACAAGAGGCGAUUGAGCUAUGCGAAUGGGCAAAUCUCUUGGUGCUGGCACCGAUUGAUGCCAACAACCUCGCCAAGAUGCUGCAAGGACAUACAGACAAUCUGUUGUUGGAGAUACUGCGAAGCUGGAAUGUUUCCAAGAAGAUUCUGCUCUUGCCGGGCAUGUCUUCGCUGAUGUGGGAAAAUCCUAUGACCAAGAAGCAGCUCACCAAGAUUCGUAGGAAGUGGAACUGGGUACAGGUGCUGCAGCCGAUGCUCUGGACUUUUGUGGAAGGGCAGAAGAAGGUCACCACAUGGGACGCGGCAGACGAGCUUGUCGAUGCGAUCCGGAACAAGGUCGAUCUCUUGAACAUAGGGCAAGGCAUUGACGUGUCGCCUAGUCGAGCAACUUUCCCCUUCGAGUCGAAAAAGUCCACCAGUCUGCUUCCUCCUGAGUUAUGGACAAUGAUCUUCGACUUCGCGGGUGAUUGGGAACUAGCAGAGACAAUGCACAUCUUUACAAACCUGUUGCCGCCGGCCGAAUGGUCUUCUCACGCGAGCCCACACGGCCCGCGAAACUACAUGGAGGCACUCGAGCUGACCAUUUUACGAGGAAACCUGGCAGACUUCAAACACUUCAUAGCCACUCAUAGCGUCCCGCGGUGGCUGUCGAAAUUAUGCAUCAAACUCAUCAUGCGAUUUGCCAUGACCGACAUCUUAUCAUAUCUUGAAUCUAACCACAAAGACUUAUUCUGGGCGACCUUCGGCCACACAUUCCUCCCAGACAAGGCAUCGUCGGUAUUUGGGCGAACGGAGAUUCUCGAAUUCUGGCGUACUUCUCCAUCUUUCCUUACGAAGGAGUAUAAUCCUGAAGCUCUCGAUGGCGCCUCCCGAGCAGGUUUCGUCAACGUCCUGGAAUGGUGGCAGCACUCCGGUCUACCGCUCAAAUUCUCUGAAGCAGCAUUGGAACAAGCGAGUGCACAUGGGCAUGUUCAAGUCCUCGAAUGGUGGAAACAGCAAUCGACGACGGUCGAUGACAGUAACGCUAGCGUCGACUCGUCCAAAGUGCGCCUCAAAGCCGGAAAAAGUAUUUGCUACGCUACACAGAACGGGCACACAGAUGUGGUUCAUUGGUGGCUACAAUCCGGCAUCGCCUUCCCACACGAAGACACUGUGGCCAAACUCGCCAGUACACACGGGCACGUUGAUAUACUGCAAGCCUGGUACGAAAUGAAAGGAUCGAAAAUGAUUUUCGAUAAUCAGGUCCUUGUAGGCGCGACGAAGAGUGGGCAUGUCAAGGUUUUGGAAUGGUGGAAGAGUUCUGGGUUGAACGUGGAAUAUAAGACGUGUGACGUUGAAGAGGCUUUGGAGGAUGGAUAUGAGGGAGAGAGGGGAAUGCAGGUCAAGCGAUGGUGGGCGAGGAAUGGGUUGAAUCUGGGCGUGGGUACGAGUGAGUGGAUGAAGACGAAGGUUCUGGGCGCUUCGUCGUCGUCGACUUCUUGA